AUGAUUUUACAACACGUGAAAGCUCGUUACGGUAUUUACCCCCGUUCCACAAUUCAGAGAUUUUCAGUUCCCGAUGAUAAAGUAUCCUGGAACGUUGAGUACAAAGAAUAUAAUCCUCCAAAUUACACUUCAGCUUCUAUUUAUGGCAAACCAUGGGCCGAUCCCGAUAUAACUGAUUCUAAUUUUAAACCAAAGUGGAAUAGUUUGGAUGGAAAUGUAAACAGAAAGAGUCAUAUGGGCUUAUAUCAAAUUACAAAUGGAUACCCAAUAAAUCCUCUGGGAAGAACAGGUAUUUGUGGCAGAGGUGUGCUUGGACGCUGGGGACCAAAUCAUGCAGCAGAUCCAGUUGUGACACGAUGGAAGAGGCUUAAUAAUGGUGAAAUGGAGAUUGAUAAGCUGAAUAACAAGCCAAUUUUACAAUUUGUAGCAAUAAAACGUGGGGACACUGGUGAAUGGGCCCUGCCAGGUGGAAUGGUUGAUCCUGGGGAAAAGGUGGCUGCUACAGCAGUGAGGGAAUUUCAAGAAGAAGCUAUGAACUCUUUAGUGGCUACUGAAGAGCAAAAAGCUAAAUGGUCAGAAAUAUUUUACAAGUUCUUUAGUGGAGGAGUGGAAGUAUACAGUGGUUACGUAGAUGAUCCACGUAACACUGAUAAUUCGUGGAUGGAGACAGUUGCAUAUAACUUUCAUGACCAUGAUGGUUCUACAGUUGGUAAAUUGAAACUAAAUGCAGGUGAUGAUGCUGUUGGUGUUCGUUGGGUCGAUAUAACACCAGACAUUAAGCUAUAUGCUAGUCACAAAGACAUUGUGGAAGAAGUCUCAAAGAGGUUGCUGCUUGAAUAA